AUGUCUACUAAUAUUUAUAACACAACGCCCUCUCAAAAGACGACACCAGAAGGUACAACGGCCUCUCACACAACCGGCACUACAGCUGAAAUCACUACUGUCACGGCCGCCACAACCUCAACAGUGACUAGCACCGAAGAUACAACUGUCUCACAGACUACUGGAACAACAGCUGAGAAAACGACGGGCAUAAUCGCAACAACAACCUCGCCAGUGACCAGCACCGAAGGAACAACCGUUUCUCAGACUACUGACACAACAGUAUCAAGCACUCAAGGUACAACUGUCUCACUGACUACAGGAACAACAGCUGAGACAACGACAGGCACAAUCACAACUUCCACCUCGCCAGUGACCAGCACCGAAGCUGUCUCACAGACUACUGGAACAACAGCUGAGACAACCACUGGCACAGUCGCAACUACCACCUCGCCAGUGACCAGCACCGACGGUUCUACCGUCUCUCAGAGUACAGUCACAACAGUGCCAAGCAUCGAAGGUACAACUGUUUCUCAAACUACUGGCACAACAGCUGAGACAACAACAGGCACAGUUGCAACUACCACCCCGACAGUGCCCAGCACCGAAGGUACAACUGUCCCUCAAACGACUAGCACAACAGGAUCAAGCACCGAUGGUACAACUGUGUCUCAAACUCCUGGAACAACAGAUGAGACAACGACUGGCACAAUUGUAACAGCAACCUUGCCAGUGACUAGCACCAAAGCUUCAACCGUAUCGCAAACUACUGGUACAACAGUGUCAAUCACCGAUGGUACAACUGUGUCUCAAACCACCGGUACUACCGCUGAAAGAACAACUGUCACUGUCGCCAAAACUUCACCCGUGACAACAACCGAUGGAACAACCGUCUCCCAAACAACCGGCACAACAAAUGGGACAACUGUCACAGACGGCACCACUUCACCAGUGAGAAGCACCGAAGGAACAACCGUUUCUCAGACUUCUGACACAACAGUAUCAAGCACUCAAGGUACAACUGUCUCACUGACUACAGGAACAACAGCUGAGACAACGACAGGCACAAUCACAACUUCCACCUCGCCAGUGACCAGCACCGAAGGUACAACCGUAUCUCAGACUACCGGCACAACAGUAUCAAGCACCGAAAGUACGACUGUCUCACAGUCUACUGGAACAACAGCUGAGACAACCACUGGCACAGUCGCAACUACCACCUCGCCAGUGACCAGCACCGACGGUUCUACCGUCUCUCAGAGUACAGUCACAAUAGUGCCAAGCACCGAAGGUACAACUGUUUCUCAAACUACUGGCAAAACAGCUGAGACAACAACAGGCACAGUUGCAACUACCACCCCGACAGUGCCCAGCACCGAAGGUACAACUGUCCCUCAAACGACUAGCACAACAGGAUCAAGCACCGAUGGUACAACUGUGUCUCAAACUCCUGGAACAACAGAUGAGACAACGACUGGCACAAUUGUAACAGCAACCUCGCCAGUGACUAGCACCAAAGCUUCAACCGUAUCGCAAACUACUGGUACAACAGUGUCAAUCACCGAUGGUACAACUGUGUCUCAAACCACCGGUACUACCGCUGAAAGAACAACUGUCACUGUCGCCAAAACUUCACCCGUGACAACAACCGAUGGAACAACCGUCUCCCAAACAACCGGCACAACAAAUGGGACAACUGUCACAGACGGCACCACUUCACCAGUGAGAAGCACCGACGGAACAACCGUUUCUCAGACUUCUGACACAACAGUAUCAAGCACUCAAGGUACAACUGUCUCACUGACUACAGGAACAACAGCUGAGACAACGACAGGCACAAUCACAACUUCCACCUCGCCAGUGACCAGCACCGAAGCUGUCUCACAGACUACUGGAACAACAGCUGAGACAACCACUGGCACAGUCGCAACUACCACCUCGCCAGUGACCAGCACCGACGGUUCUACCGUCUCUCAGAGUACAGUCACAAUAGUGCCAAGCACCGAAGGUACAACUGUUUCUCAAACUACUGGCAAAACAGCUGAGACAACAACAGGCACAGUUGCAACUACCACCCCGACAGUGCCCAGCACCGAAGGUACAACUGUCCCUCAAACGACUAGCACAACAGGAUCAAGCACCGAUGGUACAACUGUGUCUCAAACUCCUGGAACAACAGAUGAGACAACGACUGGCACAAUUGUAACAGCAACCUCGCCAGUGACUAGCACCAAAGCUUCAACCGUAUCGCAAACUACUGGUACAACAGUGUCAAUCACCGAUGGUACAACUGUGUCUCAAACCACCGGUACUACCGCUGAAAGAACAACUGUCACUGUCGCCAAAACUUCACCCGUGACAACAACCGAUGGAACAACCGUCUCCCAAACAACCGGCACAACAAAUGGGACAACUGUCACAGACGGCACCACUUCACCAGUGAGAAGCACCGAAGGUACAACCGUCUCUCAAACUACCGGCGCUACCGCUGAGACAACGACUGUCUCUGCCACCACCAUUUCACCAGUGACUAGCACCGAUGGUACAACCGUCUCUCGAACUACCGACACUACCGCUGAAACAACCACUGUCACUGCCGCCACCAUUUCACCAGUGACUAGCACCGAAGGUACAACUGUCUCACAGACUACUGGUACUACAGCUGAGACAACGACUGGCACAAUCGCAACUACCACAUUACCAGUGACAAGCACCGAAGGUACAACUGUCUCUCAGACUAUUGGCACAACAGUAUCAAGCACCGAAGAUACAACUGUUUUUCAAUCUACUGGCACUACAGCUGAGACAACAACAGGCACAGUUGCAACUGCCACCUCGACAGUGCCCAGCACCGAAAGUACAAGUGUCUCUCAAACGACUAGCACAACAGAAUCAAGCACCGACAGUACAACUGUGUCUCAACCUACUGGACCAACAGAUGAGACAACGACUGGCACAAUUGCAUCAGCAACCUCACCAGUGACUAGCACCGAAGGUACAACCGUAUCGAAAACUUCUGGUACAACAGUGUCAAGUACCGAUGGUACAACUGUGUCUCAAACAACCGACACUACCGCUGAAAGAACAACUGUCACUGUCGCCAAAACUUCACCCGUAACAACAACCGGGGGUACAACCGUCUCUCAAACAACCGGCACAACAAAUGAGACAACUGUCACGGACGGCACCACUUCACCAGUGAGAAGCACCGAAGGUACAACCGUCUCUCAAACUACCGGCGCUACCGCUGAGACAACGACUGUCUCUGCCGCCACCAUUUCACCAGUGACUAGCACCGAUCAUAUAACCGUCUCUCGAACUACCGACCCUACCGCUGAAACAACCACUGUCACUGCCGCCACCACUUCACCAGUGACUAGCACCGAAGAUACAACUGUCUCACAGACUACUGUGACAACCACCGACAGUACAACUGUGUCUCAAACUACUGGACCAACAGAUGAGACAACGACUGGCACAGUUGCAUCAGCAACCUCACCAGUGACUAGCACCGAAGGUACAACCGUAUCGAAAACUUCUGGUACAACAGUGUCAAGUACCGAUGGUACAACUGUGUCUCGAACAACCGACACUACCGCUGAAAGAACAACUGUCACUGUCGCUAAAACUUCACCCGUAACAACAACCGGGGUCGCAACUACCACAUUAACAGUGACAAACACCGAAGGUACAACUGUCUCUCAGACUAUUGGCACAACAGUAUCAAGCACCGAAGGUACAACUGUUUCUCAAUCUACUGGCACUACAGCUGAGACAACAACAGGCACAGUUGCAACUACCACCUCGACAGUGCCCAGCACCGUAGGUACAACUGUCUCUCAAACGACUAGCACAACAGAAUCAAGCACCGACAGUACAACUGUGUCUAAAACUACUGGAACAACAGAUGAGACAACGACUGGCACAAUUACAACAGCAACCUCGCCAGUGACUAGCACCGAAGCUUCAACCGUAUCGAAAACUUCUGGUACAACAGUGUCAAGCACCGAUGGUACAACUGUGUCUCAAACAACCGACACUACCGCUGAAAGAACAACUUUCACUGUCGCCAAAACUUCACCCGUGACAACAACCGGGGGUACAACCGUCUCUCAAACAACCGGCACAACAAAUGAGACAACUGUCACGGACGGCACCACUUCACUAGUGAGAAGCACCGAAGGUACAACCGUCUCUCAAACUACCGGCGCUACCGCUGAGACAACGACUGUCUCUGUCGCCACCAUUUCGCCAGUGACCAGCACCGAUGAUACAACCGUCUCUCGAACUACCGACACUAACACUGAAACAACCACUGUCACUGACGCCACCUCUUCACCAGUGACUAGCACCGAAGGUACAACCGUCCCUCAAACUGCUGGCACUACCAUUGAGACAACAUCUGUCACGGAAGUAACAGCUUUGCCAGUGACUAGCACCAAAAGUACAACUGUCUCUGAGUCAACAGGCAAUACCUCUGAAACAACGACUUCCACUGCCGCCACCACUUCAUCAGUAGUCUCUCAAACAACCGGCACAACAAAUGAGACAACUGUCACGGACGGCACCACUUCACCAGUGAUAAGCACCGAAGGUACAACCGUCUCUCAAACUACCGGCGCUACCGCUGAGACAACGACUGUCCCUGCCACCACCAUUUCACCAGUGACUAGCACCGAUGGUACAACCGUCUCUCGAACUACCGACACUACCGCUGAAACAACCACUGUCACUGCCGCCACCACUUCACCAGUGACUAGCACCGAAGCUGAGACAACGAAUGGCACAACCGCAACUACCACAUUACCAGUGACAAGCACCGAAGGUACAACUGUCUCUCAGACUAUUGGCACAACAGUAUCAAGCACCGAAGGUACAACUGUUUUUCAAUCUACUGGCACUACAGCUGAGACAACAACAGGCACAGUUGCAACUGCCACCUCGACAGUGCCCAGCACCGAAAGUACAAGUGUCUCUCAAACGACUAGCACAACAGAAUCAAGCACCGACAGUACAACUGUGUCUCAAACUACUGGACCAACAGAUGAGACAACGACUGGCACAGUUGCAUCAGCAACCUCACCAGUGACUAGCACCGAAGGUACAACCGUAUCGAAAACUUCUGGUACAACAGUGUCAAGUACCGAUGGUACAACUGUGUCUCAAACAACCGACACUACCGCUGAAAGAACAACUGUCACUGUCGCUAAAACUUCACCCGUAACAACAACCGGGGGUACAACCGUCUCUCAAACAACCGGCACAACAAAUGAGACAACUGUCACGGACGGCACCACUUCACCAGUGAGAAGCACCGAAGGUACAACCGUCUCUCAAACUACCGGCGCUACCGCUGAGACAACGACUAUCUCUGCCACCAUAAUUUCACCAGUGACUAGCACCGAUCAUACAACCGUCUCUCGAACUACCGACCCUACCGCUGAAACAACCACUGUCACUGACGCCAACACUUCACCAGUGACUAGCACCGAAGGUACAACCGUCCCUCAAACUGCUGGCACUACCAUUGAGACAUCAUCUGUCACGGAAGUAACAGCUUUGCCAGUGACUAGCACCGAAAGUACAACUGUCUCUGAGUCAACAGGCAGUACCUCUGAAACAACGACUGCCACUGCCACCACCACUUCACCAGUGACUAGCACCGAAGGUACUACUGUCUCACAGACAACUGUCACUACAGCUGAGACAACGCCUGGCACAAUCGCAACUACCACAUUGUCAGUGACAAGCACCGAAGGUACAACUGUCUCUCAGACUAUUGGCAAAACAGUAUCAAGCACCGGAGGUACAACUGUUUCUCAAUCUACUAGCACUACAGCUGAGACAACAACAGGCACAGUUGCAACUACCACCUCGACAGUGCCCAGCACCAAAGGUACAGCUGUCUCUCAAACGACUAGCACAACAGGAUCAAGCACCGACGGUACAACUGUGUCUCAAACAACUGGAACAACAGAUGAGACGACGACUGGCAAAAUUGCAACAGCAACCUUGCCAGUGACUAGCACCGAAGCUUCAACCGUAUCGCAAACUACUGGUACAACAGUGUCAAGUACCGAUGGUACAACUGUGUCUCAAACAACCGACACUACCGCUGAAAGAACAACUGUUACUGUCGCCAAAACUUCACCCGUAACAACAACCGGGGGUACAACCGUCUCUCAAACAACCGGCACAACAAAUGAGACAACUGUCACGGACGGCACCACUUCACCAGUGAGAAGCACCGAAGGUACAACCGUCUCUCAAACUACCGGCGCUACCGCUGAGACAACGAUUGUCUCUGCCGCCACCAUUUCACCAGUGACUAGCACCGAUCAUACAACCGUCUCUCGAACUACCGACCCUACCGCUGAAACAACCACUGUCACUGACGCCAACACUUCACCAGUGACUAGCACCGAAGGUACAACCGUCCCUCAAACUGCUGGCACUACCAUUGAGACAUCAUCUGUCACGGAAGUAACAGCUUUGCCAGUGACUAGCACCGAAAGUACAACUGUCUCUGAGUCAACAGGCAGUACCUCUGAAACAACGACUGCCACUGCCACCACCACUUCACCAGUGACUAGCACCGAAGGUACUACUGUCUCACAGACUACUGGUACUACAGCUGAGACAACGACUGGCACAACCGCAACUACCACAUUACCAGUGACAAGCACCGAAGGUACAACUGUCUCUCAGACUAUUGGCAAAACAGUAUCAAGCACCGGAGGUACAACUGUUUCUCAAUCUACUAGCACUACAGCUGAGACAACAACAGGCACAGUUGCAACUACCACCUCGACAGUGCCCAGCACCAAAGGUACAGCUGUCUCUCAAACGACUAGCACAACAGGAUCAAGCACCGACGGUACAACUGUGUCUCAAACAACUGGAACAACAGAUGAGACGACGACUGGCACAAUUGCAACAGCAACCUUGCCAUUGACUAGGACCGAAGGUACAACCGUAUCGAAAACUUCUGGUACAACAGUGUCAAGUACCGAUGGUACAACUGUGUCUCAAACAACCGACACUACCGCUGAAAGAACAACUGUCACUGUCGCCAAAACUUCACCCGUAACAACAACCGGGGGUACAACCGUCUCUCAAACAACCGGCACAACAAAUGAGACAACUGUCACGGACGGCACCACUUCACCAGUGAGAAGCACCGAAGGUACAACCGUCUCUCAAACUACCGGCGCUACCGCUGAGACAACGACUGUCUCUGCCGCCACCAUUUCACCAGUGACUAGCACCGAUCAUACAACCGUCUCUCGAACUACCGACCCUACCGCUGAAACAACCACUGUCACUGACGCCAACACUUCACCAGUGACUAGCACCGAAGGUACAACCGUCCCUCAAACUGCUGGCACUACCAUUGAGACAUCAUCUGUCACGGAAGUAACAGCUUUGCCAGUGACUAGCACCGAAAGUACAACUGUCUCUGAGUCAACAGGCAGUACCUCUGAAACAACGACUGCCACUGCCACCACCACUUCACCAGUGACUAGCACCGAAGGUACUACUGUCUCACAGACAACUGUCACUACAGCUGAGACAACGCCUGGCACAAUCGCAACUACCACAUUGUCAGUGACAAGCACCGAAGGUACAACUGUCUCUCAGACUAUUGGCAAAACAGUAUCAAGCACCGGAGGUACAACUGUUUCUCAAUCUACUAGCACUACAGCUGAGACAACAACAGGCACAGUUGCAACUACCACCUCGACAGUGCCCAGCACCAAAGGUACAGCUGUCUCUCAAACGACUAGCACAACAGGAUCAAGCACCGACGGUACAACUGUGUCUCAAACAACUGGAACAACAGAUGAGACGACGACUGGCACAAUUGCAACAGCAACCUUGCCAGUGACUAGCACCGAAGCUUCAACCGUAUCGCAAACUACUGGUACAACAGUGUCAAGCACCGAUGGUACAACUGUGUCUCAAACAACUGGCACUACCGCUGAAAGAACAACUGUCACUGUCGCCAAAACUUCACCCUUGACAACAACCGAUGGUACAACCGUCUCCCAAACAACCGGCACAACAAAUGGGACAACUGUCACGGACGGCACCACUACACCAGUCAGAAGCACCGAAGGUACAACCGUCUCUCAAACUACCGGCGCUACCGCUGAGACAACGACUGUCUCUGCCACCACAAUUUCACCAGUGACUAGCACCGAUGGUACAACCGUCUCUCGAACUACCGACACUACCGCUGAAACAACCACUGUCACUACCGCCACCACUUCACCAGUGACUAGCACCGAAGGUACAACUGUCUCACAGACUACUGGUACUACAGCUGAGACAACGACUGGCACAAUCGCAACUACCACAUUACCAGUGACAAACACCGAAGGUACAACUGUCUCUCAGACUAUUGGCACAACAGUAUCAAGCACCGAAGGUACAACUGUUUCUCAAUCUACUGGCACUAAAGCUGACACAACCACAGGCACAGUUGCAACUACCACCUCGACAGUGCCCAGCACCGUAGGUACAAUUGUCUCUCAAACGACUAGCACAACAGAAUCAAGCACCGACAGAACAACUGAGUCUCAAACUACUGGAACAACAGAUGAGACAACGACUGGCACAAUUGCAACAGCAACCUCGCCAGUGACUAGCACCGAAGCUUCAACCGUAUCGAAAACUACUGGUACAACAGUGUCAAGCACCGAUGGUACAACUGUGUCUCAAACAACCGACACUACCGCUGAAAGAACAACUUCCACUGUCGCCAAAACUUCACCCGUGACAACAACCGGGGGAACAACCGUCUCUCAAACAACCGGCACAAGAAAUGAGACAACUGUCACGGACAGCACCACUUCACCAGUGAGAAGCACCGAAGGUACAACCGUCUCUCAAACUACCGGCGCUACCGCUGAGACAACGACUGUCUCUGUCGCCACCAUUUCGCCAGUGACCAGCACCGAUGAUACAACCGUCUCUCGAACUACCGACACUACCGCUGAAACAACCACUGUCACUGACACCACCUCUUCACCAGUGACUAACACCGAAGGUACAACCGUCCCUCAAACUGCUGGCACUACCAUUGAGACAACAUCUGUCACGGAAGUAACAGCUUUGCUAGUGACUAGCACCAAAAGUACAACUGUCUCUGAGUCAACAGGCAAUACCUCUGAAACAACGACUUCCACUGCCGUCACCACUUCAUCAGUAGUCUAUCAAACAACCGGCACAACAAAUGAGACAACUGUCACGGACGGCACCACUUCACCAGUGAUAAGCACUGAAGGUACAACCGUCUCUCAAACUACCGGCGCUACCGCUGAGACAACGACUGUCUCUGCCACCACCAUUUCACCAGUGACUAGCACCGAUGGUACAACCGUCUCUCGAACUACCGACACUACCGCUGAAACAACCACUGUCACUGGCGCCACCACUUCACCAGUGACUAGCACCGAAGGUACAACUGUCUCACAGACUACUGGUACUACAGCUGAGACAACGACUGGCACAAUCGCAACUACCACAUUACCAGUGACAAGCACCGAAGGUACAACUGUCUCUCAGACUAUUGGCACAACAGUAUCAAGCACCGAAGGUACAACUGUUUCUCAAUCUACUGGCACUACAGCUGAGACAACAACAGGCACAGUUGCAACUGCCACCUCGACAGUGCCCAGCACCGAAAGUACAAGUGUCUCUCAAACGACUAGCACAACAGAAUCAAGCACCGACAGUACAACUGUGUCUCAAACUACUGGACCAACAGAUGAGACAACGACUGGCACAAUUGCAUCAGCAACCUCACCAGUGACUAGCACCGAAGCUUCAACCGUAUCGAAAACUUCUGGUACAACAGUGUCAAGUACCGAUGGUACAACUGUGUCUCAAACAACCGACACUACCGCUGAAAGAACAACUGUCACUGUCGCCAAAACUUCACCCUUGACAACAACCGAUGGUACAACCGUCUCCCAAACAACCGGCACAACAAAUAGGACAACUGUCACGGACGGCACCACUUCACCAGUGAGAAGCACCGAAGGUACAACCGUCUCUCAAACUACCGGCGCUACCGCUGAGACAACGACUGUCUCUGCCACCACAAUUUCAGCAGUGACUAGCACCGAUGGUACAACCGUCUCUCGAACUACCGACACUACCACUGAAACAACCACUGUCACUGCCGCCACCACUUCACCAGUGACUAGCACCGAAGGUACAACUGUCUCACAGACUACUGGUACUACAGCUGAGACAACGACUGGCACAAUCGCAACUACCACAUUACCAGUGACAAACACCGAAGGUACAACUGUCUCUCAGACUAUUGGCACAACAGUAUCAAGCACCGAAGGUACAACUGUUUCUCAAUCUACUGGCACUACAGCUGAGACAACAACAGGCACAGUUGCAACUACCUUCUCGACAGUGCCCAGUACCGUAGGUACAACUGUCUCUCAAACGACUAGCACAACAGGAUCAAGCACCGACAGAACAACUGUGUCUCAAACUACUGGAACAACAGAUGAGACAACGACUGGCACAAUUGCAACAGCAACCUCGCCAGUGACUAGCACCGAAGGUCCAACCGUAUCGAAAACUACUGGUACAACAGUGUCAAGCACCGAUGGUACAACUGUGUCUCAAACAACCGACACUACCGCUGAAAGAACAACUUUCACUGUCGCCAAAACUUCACCCGUGACAACAACCGGGGGAACAACCGUCUCUCAAACAACCGGCAGAACAAAUGAGACAACUGUCACGGACGGCACCACUUCACCAGUGAGAAGCACCGAAGGUACAACCUUCUCUCAAACUACCGGCGCUACCGCUGAGACAACGACUUUCUCUGUCGCCACCAUUUCGCCAGUGACCAGCACCGAUGAUACAACCGUCUCUCGAACUACCGACACUACCGCUGAAACAACCACUGUCACUGACGCCACCUCUUCACCAGUGACUAGCACCGAAGGUACAACUGUCUCACAGACUACUGGUACUACAGCUGAGACAACGACUGGCACAAUCGCAACUACCACAUUACCAGUGACAAGCACCGAAGGUACAACUGUCUCUCAGACUAUUGGCACAACAGUAUCAAGCACCGAAGGUACAACUGUUUCUCAAUCUACUGGCACUACAGCUGAGACAACAACAGGCACAGUUGCAACUACCUUCUCGACAGUGCCCAGUACCGUAGGUACAACUGUCUCUCAAACGACUAGCACAACAGGAUCAAGCACCGACAGAACAACUGUGUCUCAAACUACUGGAACAACAGAUGAGACAACGACUGGCACAAUUGCAACAGCAACCUCGCCAGUGACUAGCACCGAAGGUCCAACCGUAUCGAAAACUACUGGUACAACAGUGUCAAGCACCGAUGGUACAACUGUGUCUCAAACAACCGACACUACCGCUGAAAGAACAACUUUCACUGUCGCCAAAACUUCACCCGUGACAACAACCGGGGGAACAACCGUCUCUCAAACAACCGGCAGAACAAAUGAGACAACUGUCACGGACGGCACCACUUCACCAGUGAGAAGCACCGAAGGUACAACCGUCUCUCAAACUACCGGCGCUACCGCUGAGACAACGACUUUCUCUGUCGCCACCAUUUCGCCAGUGACCAGCACCGAUGAUACAACCGUCUCUCGAACUACCGACACUACCGCUGAAACAACCACUGUCACUGACGCCACCUCUUCACCAGUGACUAGCACCGAAGGUACAACCGUCCCUCAAACUGCUGGCACUACCAUUGAGACAACAUCUGUCACGGAAGUAACAGCUUUGCCAGUGACUAGCACCAAAAGUACAACUGUCUCUGAGUCAACAGGCAAUACCUCUGAAACAACGACUUCCACUGCCGUCACCACUUCAUCAGUAGUCUAUCAAACAACCGGCACAACAAAUGAGACAACUGUCACGGACGGCACCACUUCACCAGUGAUAAGCACUGAAGGUACAACCGUCUCUCAAACUACCGGCGUUACCGCUGAGACAACGACUGUCUCUGCCACCACCAUUUCACCAGUGACUAGCACCGAUGGUACAUCCGUCUCUCGAACUACCGACACUACCGCUGAAAGAACCACUGUCACUGGCGCCACCACUUCACCAGUGACUAGCACCGAAGUGUCAAGUACCGAUGGUACAACUGUGUCUCAAACAACUGGCACUACCGCUGAAAGAACAACUGUCACUGCCGCCACCACUUCACCAGUGACUAGCACCGGAGGUACAACUGUCUCACAGACUACUGGUACUACAGCUAAGACAACGACUGGCACAAUCGCAACUACUACAUUACCAGUGACAAGCACCGAAGGUACAACUGUCUCUCAGACUAUUGGCACAACAGUAUCAAGCACCGAAGGCACAGUCGGAACAACCGUCUCGUCAGUGACCAGCACCGAAGGUACAACCGUGUCUCAGACUGCUGGCACGACGGUAUCAAGCACCGAAGAUACAAUUGACUCACAGACUACUGGCACUACAGCUGAGACAACAACUGGCACAAUGGGAACUACCACCUCGCCAGUGACAAUCACCGAAGGUACAACUAUCUCUCAGACUACUGUCACAACAGUAUCAAGCACCAAAGGUAGAACUGUCUCUCAGACUACUGGAACAACAGCUGAGACAAUCACCGGCACAAUCGCAACUACCACCUCGCCAGUGACUAGCACAGAAGGUUCAGCCGUGUCUCAGCCUACUGGCAUAACCAUGUCAAGCACCGAAGGUACAACUGUUUCUCAAACUACUGGCACGCCAGUUGAGACAACGACAGGUACAGUUGCAACUACCACCUCGCCAAUGACCAGCACAGAAGAUUCAACUGGUACUACUGCUGACAAAACAACUGUCACAUCCACCACAACUUUACCAGUGACCGACACAACUGUCAUUCCGACAAACGGUACCACGGCUGAAACAACGACUAUCGCAACCGUCGCAUCUUCUAGCACUAAAGGUACAACCGUCUGUCGUUCAACGACGAUAGCUGACGGAACAACAGCUGAGACAACAACUGUCACCGAAGGUACAACCGUCUCUCAAAAUACAAGCACCCCAGCUGAAACUGUCAAUGACGCCACAACAUCGCCAGUGACUAGCAACAAAGAUACAACUGUCUCUGAGUGGACAGGCACUACCACUAAAACAGCAAUUGUCACUACCGCAACAACUUCUCAGACGACUAGCAGCGUGGGCACAACUAUACCGCAGACAACCAAAACUACCCCUGACACAACAUCUGUCACAGCUGCCACAACCUCGUCUGUGACUUAUACCGAAGGUACACCCAACACUUCCGCUGAAACAACAACUGUCACUGCCGCCAACAAUUCACCGGUGACUAGCAACAAAGGUAUAACCGUCUCUCAAACUAUCGACACUACCGCUGAAACAACGACUGUCACUACCGCCACAACUUCACCAGUGACUAGCAGCGAAGGCACAAAUAUUACGCAGACAACUGGAACAACUGCUGACAGAACAUCUGUCACAGCUGCCUCAACCUCGCCUGUGACAAAUACAGAAAGUACAACCGUCUCUCAGACACCCGACACUACCGCUAAAACAACAACUGUAACUGCCGCCACCACUUCACCAGUGACUAACACCGAAGGUACAAUCGUCUCUCAAACUACCAGCACUGCCGCUGAAAAAACGACUGUCAUUGUCGCCACAACUUCGCCAGAGACUAUCACCAAAAGUACAACUGUCUCUGAGACAACCGGCCCUACCUCUGAAACAACAAAUGUCACUGCCGCCACAACUUCACCAGGGAGUAGCAGCGAAGGCACAACUAUCUCUCAAACAACCGGUACUACCGCUGACACAACGACUGUCCCUGUCGCCACCACUUCACCAGUGACUAGCACCGAAGGAACAACCGUCUCUCAAACAACCGGAACUACCGCUGAAACAACAACUGUCACUGCUGCCACCAUUUCACCAGUGACCAGAACCGAAGGUACAACCGUUUCGCAAACUACCGGCAAUACCGCUGUAACAACGACUGUCACUGUCGCCUCAACUUUACCAGUGACUAGCACUGAAGGUACAAUCGUCUCUCAAACUACCGGAUCUAACACUGAAACAACAACGGUCACUGCCGCCACCACUUCACCAGUGACUAACACCGAAGGUACAAUCGUUUCUCAAACUACCAGUACUGCCGCUUCAACAACGACUGUCAUUCUCGCCACAACUUCGCCAGAGACUAGUACCAAAGGUACAAAUGUCUCUGAGACAACCGGCUCUACUUCUGAAACAACAAAUAUCACUGCCGCCACAACUUCACCAGAGACUAGUACUAAAGAUAAAAAUGUCUCUGAGACAACCGGAUCUAUCUCUGAAACAACGAAUAUCACUGCCGCCACAAAUUCACCAGGGAGUAGCAGCAAAGGCACAUCUGUUUCUCAAACAACCGUUACUACCGCUGACACAACGACUGUCCCUGUCGCCACCAAUUCUCCAGUGACUAGCACCGAAGGAACAACCGUCUCUCAAACAACCGGCACUACCACUGAAACAACAACUGUCACUGCCGCCACCAAUUCACCAGUGACUAGCAUCAAAGGUACAACGGUCUCUCAAAUUACUGGUACUACCGAUGAAACAACGACUGUCACUGUCGCCAAAACGUCACCAGUGACUACCACUGAUGGUACAACCAUCGCUCAAACAACCGGCUCAACAACUUUGACAACAACUGUCACGGACAACACAACUUCACCAGUGACAAGUACCGAAGGUACAACCGUCUCUCAAACUACCGGCACUUCUGCUGAAACAACGAAUGUCACUGCUGCCACCACUUCACCAGUGACCAGCACCGAUGGUACAACCGUCUCUAAAACUGCCGACAAUACCGCUGUAACAACGACUGUCACUGCCACCACAACUUCACCAGUGACUAGUACUGAAGGUACACUCGUCUCUCAAACUACCGGCAUUAACGCUGAAACAACAACUGUCACUGCCGCCACCUCUUCACCAGUGACUAGCACCGAAGGUACAACUGUUUCACAGACAACUGGCACAUCAGCUCAGACAACAACAGGCACAGUCGAAGCUACCACCUCGCCAGUGACCAGCACUGACGGUUCAACCGUGUCUCAGAAUACAGGCACAACAGUAUCAGGCACCGAAGGUACAACUGUCUCACAGACUACUGGCACUAUAACUGAGACAACUACUGGCACAGUCGCAACUACCACCUCGCCAGUGACGACCACCAAUGAUACAACUGUCUCUCAAACUACUGUCAAUACAGCUGAGACAACGACUGGCACAGUCGCAACAACCACCUCGCCAGUGGCAAGCACCGACGGUACAACUGUCACUGCCGCCACCUCUUCACCAGUGACUAGGACCGAAGGUACAACUGUCUCACAGACUAGUAGAAAAACACCUGAGACAACGACUGGCACAAUCGCAACUAUUACAUCGCCAUUGACCAGCACCGAAGGUUCAACCGUCUCUCAGAUUACUAGAACAACAGUGUCAAGCACCGAAGGUACAACUGUUUUACAGACUACUGGCAUUUCAGCUCAGACAACAACAGGCACAGUCGAAGCUACCACCUCGCCAGUGACCAGCACCGACGGUUCAACCGUAUCUCAGAGUACAGGCACAACAGUAUCGGGCACCGAAGGUACAACUGUUUCACAGACUACUGGCACUAUAACUGAGACAACUACUGGCACAGUCGCAACUACCACCUCGCCAACAACUGGUACUUCAGCUCAGACAACAACAGGCACAGUCGAAGCUACCACCUCGCCAGUGACCAGCACCGACGGUUCAAUCUUGUCUCAAACUACAGGCACAACAGUAUCAGGCACCGAAGGUACAACUGUCUCACAGACUACUGGCACUAUAACUGAGACAAGUACUGGCACUAUAACUGAGAUAACUACUGGCACAGUCGCAACUACCACCUCGCCAGUGACGAGCACCAAUGAUACAACUGCCUCUCAGACUACUGUCUAUACAGCUGAGACAACGACUGGCACAGUCGCAACAACCACCUCGCCAGUGGCAAGCACCGACGGUACAACUGUCACUGCCGCCACCUCUUCACCAGUGACUAGGACCGACGGUACAACUGUCUCACAGACUAGUAGAAAAACACCUGAGACAACGACUGGCACAAUCGCAACUAUUACAUUACCAGUGAGAAGCACCGAAGGUACAACUGUCUCUCAGACUAUUGGCACAACAGUAUCAAGCACCGAAGGUACAACUGUUUCUCAAUCUAGGGGUACUACAGCUGAGACAUCAACAGGCACACUUGGAACUACCUCCUCGCAAGUGCCCAGCACCGAAAGUACAACUGUCUCUCAAACGACUAGCACAACAGGAUCAAGCACCGACGGUACAACUGUGUCUCAAACUACUGGAACAACAGAUGAGACAACGACUGGCACAACUGCAACAGCAACCUCGCCAGUGACUAGCACCGAAACUUCAACCGUAUCGCAAACUACUGGUACAAAAGUGUCAAGCACCGAUGGUACAACUGUGUCUCAAACAACCGGCACUACCGCGGAAAGAACAACUGUCACUGUCGCCAAAACUUCACCCGUGACAACAACCGAUGGUACAACCGUCUCUCAAACAACCGGCACUACAAAUGAGACAACUGUCGCGGACGGCACCACUUCACCAGUGAGAAGCACCGAAGGUACAACAGUCUCUCAAACUACCGGCGUUACCGCUGAGUCAACGACUGUCACUGCCGCCACCAUUUCACCAGUGACUAGCACCGAUGGUACAACCGUCUCUCGAACUACCGACACUACCGCUGAAACAACCACUGUCACUGCCGCCAUAACUUCACCAGUGAUUAGCACCGAAGGUACAACCGUCCCUCAAACUGCUGGCACUACCAUGGAGACAACAUCUGUCACCGAAGUAACAACUUUGCCAGUGACUAGCACCAAACGUACAACUGUCUCUGAGCCAACAGGCAAUACCUCUGAAACGACUGCCACUGCCGCCACCACUUCAUCAGUGACUAGCACCGACGGUACAACUGUCUCACAGACUACUGGCACUACAGCUGAGACAACGACUGGCACAAUCGCAACUACCAAAUUGCCAGUGACAAGCAACGAAGGUACAACUGUCUCUCAGACUAUUGGCACAACAGUAUCAAGCACCGAAGGUACAACUGUUUCUCAAUCUACGGGCACUACAGCUGAGACAUCAACAGGCACACUUGCAACUACCACCUUGCAAGUGACCAGCACCGAAAGAACAAGUGUCUCUCAAACGACUAGCACAACAGGAUCAAGCACCGAAGGUACAACUGUGUCUCAAACUACUGGAAGAACAGAUGAGACAACGACUGGCACAACUGCAACAGCAACCUCGCCAGUGACUAGCACCCAAGCUUCAACCGUAUCGCAAACUACUGGUACAACAGUGUCAGGCACCGAUGGUACAACUGUGUCUCAAACAACCGGCACUACCGCUGAAAGUACAACUGUCACUGUCGCCAAAACUUCACCCGUGACAACAACCGAUGGUACAACCGUCUCUCAAACAACCAGCACAACAAAUGAGACAACUGUCCCGGACGGCACCACUUCGCCAGUGAGAAGCACCGAAGGUACAACCGUCUCUCAAACUACCGGCUCUACCGCUGAGUCAACGACUGUCACUGCCGCCACCAUUUCACCAGUGACUAGCACCGAUGGUACAACCGUCUCUCGAACUACCGACAUUACCGCUGAAACAACCACUGUCACUGCCGCCACAACUUCAUCAGUGACUAGCACCGAAGGUACAACCGUCCCUCAAACUGCUGGCACUACCAUGGAGACAACAUCUAUCACCGAAGUAACAACUUUGCCAGUGACUAGCACCAAAAGUACAACUGUCUCUGAGCCAACAGGCAAUACCUCUGAAACAACGACUGCCACUGCCGCCACCACUUCAUCAGUGACUAGCACCGACGGUACAACUGUCUCACAGACUACUGGCACUACAGCUGAGACAACGACUGGCACAAUCGCAACUACCAAAUUGCCAGUGACAAGCAACGAAGGUACAACUGUCUCUCAGACUAUUGGCACAACAGUAUCAAGCACCGAAGGUACAACUGUUUCUCAAUCUACGGGCACUACAGCUGAGACAUCAACAGGCACACUUGCAACUACCACCUCGCAAGUGCCCAGCACCGAGAGUACAAGUGUCUCUCAAACGACUAGCACAACAGGAUCAAGCACCGACGGUACAACUGUGUCUCAAACUACUGGAACAACAGAUGAGACAACGACUGGCACAACUGCAACAGCAACCUCGCCAGUGACUAGCACCCAAGCUUCAACCGUAUCGCAAACUACUGGUACAACAGUGUCAAACACCGAUGGUACAACUGUGUCUCAAACAACCGGCACUACCGCUAAAAGAACAACUGCCACUGUCGCCAAAACUUCACCCGAGACAACAACCGAUGGUACAACCGUCUCUCAAACAACCGGCACAACAAAUGAGACAACUGUCACGGACGGCAUCACUUCACCAGUGAGAAGCACCGAUGGUACAAUCGUCUCUCGAACUACCGACACUACCGCUGAAACAACCACUGUCACUGCCGCCACCAUUUCACCAGUGACUAGCACCGAUGGUACAACCGUCUCUCGAACUACUGACACUACCGCUGAAACAACCACUGUCACUGACGCCACCACUUCAACAGUGACUAGCACCGAAGGUACAACCGUCCCUCAAACUGCUCGCAUUACCAUUGAGACAACAUCUGUCACGGAAGUAACAACUUUGCCAGUGACUAGCACCAAAAGUACAACUGUCUCUGAGUCAACAGGCAAUACCUCUGAAACAACGACUGCCACUGCCGCCACCACUUCAUCAGUGACUAGCACCGAAGGUACAACUGUCUCACAGACUACUGGCACUACAGCUGAGACAACAACUGGCACAAUCGCAACUACCACAUUGCAAGUGACAAGCACCGAAGGUACAACUGUCUCUCAAACUAUUGGCACAACAGUAUCAAUCACCGACGGUACAGGUGUCUCUCAAACGACUAGUACAACAGGAUCAAGCACCGAUGGUUCAACUGUGUCUCAAACUACUGGAACAAGAGAUGAAACAACGAGUCGCACAAUUGCAACAGCAACCUCGCCAGUGACUAACACCGAAGCUUCAACCGUAUCGCAAACUACUCUUACAACAGUGUCAAGCACCGAUGGUACAACUGUGUCUCAAACAACUGACACUACAGCUGAGACAACAACAGGCAUAGUCGUAACUACCGCAUCACCAAUGACCAGCACAGUAGAUAAAACCGUUUCUCAGACUACUGGCACAACAGUAUUAGGCACCGAAGGUACAACUGCCUCACAGACUACUGGAACUAAGGCUGAGACAACAACAGGCACAGUCGGAACAACCGUCUCGUCAGUGACCAGCACCGAAGGUACAACCGUGUCUCAGACUACUGGCACAACGGUAUCAAGCACCGAAGAUACAAUUGACUCACAAACUACUGGCACUACAGCUGAGACAACAACUGGCACAAUGGGAACUACCACCUCGCCAGUGACAAUCACGGAAGGUACAACUAUCUCUCAGACUACUGUCACAACAGUAUCAAGCACCGAAGGUAGAACUGUCUCUCAGACUACUGGAACAACAGCUGAGACAAUCACAGGCACAAUCGCAACUAACACCUCGCCAGUGACUAGCACAGAAGGUUCAGCCGUAUCUCAGCCUACUGGCAUAACCAUGUCAAGCACCGAAGGUACAACUGUUUCUCAAACUACUGGCACGCCAGCUGAGACAACGACAGGUACCGUUGCAACUUCCACCUCGCCAAUGACCAGCACAGAAGGUUCAACUGGUACUACUGCUGACAAAAGAACUGUCACAUCCACCACAACUUUACCAGUGACCGGCACCACAGGUACAACUGUCAUUCCGACAAACGGUACCACGGCUGAGACAACGACUAUCGCAACCGUCGCAUCUUCUAGCACCAAAGGUACAACCGUCUGUCGUACUAAAUGA